AUGUCUUCCGCACUCGCGAAGCUCCAGCAAACUGGAACCGGCAUUGGAAACCACGCGUUGAUCGCGCUGAAGCUUCGCCUUCCGGGGAAGAAAGUGGGGAGCUUAACGGCGGAUACGCACCACCAUGUGAAGCAUCUGUUUGAACAGCGAUUCCUGUACUAUGGGGAUAUGAUCGACUCCACAACUUCCGACUGCGGUAGCGUCAACGAACAGCUUUCCAGCCUGCGGUGUGCGAUGGAGGAGGCUAUUCUCACCAACAGGUACGGAGCUGACUAA